UAUACAUGUUGCCGAAACUUUUUUUCAAUUUCGGCCGCAUUUCGGCACCAAAAUAUAGCUACUUGUAGAUAUAUCAAUAAAAUUUUUUAAACCUCAGAUAAUUUGGGCCAGAUCUGCAGCAACUUUUGGCAGACUUCAGAAAAUUUCGGCAUAAUCUGCAAUAAUUUCGAAUCGGACUUUAAAGUUUUGGCCAUAUAUUAAAUAUAUGUUGUCCGAAAUUCCAGAGCCCUGCCGAAAUUAUGUAAGUUGGUCGAAAUUCCUCAAAAGUUCUUUCAUAGGUUCUUCAGACCCAGAUUAACCUAUUUGAAGCCUAAUUUCAGCCAAAUCUAUGAAAUCAGAUGAUCUUGCUUUGAAGAGUUUGUCACGUGGGCGAAAUAGCCGAAAUAUUUCGGCAACAUGUAUAGUUCAAAUAGAUGAUCCGCAAUCAAAACGUGUAUUAGUCAGUUUAAAUCUUAGAGAAAAGUUAUCAAAUAUUCGUAAAAAACUUGAACAAAAUAGCAAAGUUAAAAUGAAUGAUACAUUUUCGUUCACAAAUAAAGUCGGUCAAAUUAACAAUAACAAUAUUUUAGCUGAAAUAGCAAAAGAAGACGAAGAAGGAGACAAAAUCUUAUAUUUAAAAUCCGAACCUGAUUGGAAAUUUUUGAAAGAUAAACAUAAAUUAGAAUAUGGGAUUGCUUCAACAUUAGAAAAGGCUAAUAAGAAAGCAUUUACAAUAAUGGAAGAUUGUAAAAUGACUGAAAUUGUUGAUGGUUGCAAAUACAGUACGAUUGAAAUUGAUUCGGAAGAAGAUCAAAUCAUGAAAAAUGAUUUACUUUUAGCUGCGGACAUUGACACAAAAGAUUUUGUAAAGUUAAGCACGUCAUUUGGAAGAUUUAAUAUUAAAAAAACUAACUGUGACGCUAAUUUAACUUGUACCAUAAGUGAAUAUGGUAAAGCAACUUUAAAAUUUAGAUUACAACCAGAUAUAGAAUUUAUUAAAGAAGUAAAAGACGCCAUAGAAUCCAAAGACCCUAGAAAUUUUAAGAAAAUCAUUGAGGAAUAUGGUCAGUUCAUUCCAACAGAAAUUACAUUUGGCGGAAAAGCUUAUUUUAAGAGAUCAAAUAUUUUAAGGCAUUGUUCUGAAGAAAAUUCAAAAAAAUUUAAUAUAGGUUUAGCUUCUAAUAUCAAAAUAGAAAGUACUACUGAAAAUUUAAACAAUAAUAUUAAUAAUUCUAAACGUGAAUGUUUUAAAUUAAUUGGAGGGCAACAGCUUAAUGUUAAUAAUUUUGAUGAAGAAGUUUGGGCUGGAUCUUUGAAUGAUUUCAGAUAUUGGAGUUGCAUAAAAUUUAAGAAUCCAAUUAGUAUUUUUCAACCUUUACCCGAAAAUUUGCGUAAACGGGUCUUAUUAUCAAUUGGAAAAAAAAUACUUUAUACUAAUACUGAAUAUCAUGAUUAUUCUUUAGUUGAAUAUGCAAAACCAAGAGUAUUUAGAUUAAAUAUACCAGAAAAUAUUUUAAAAAUUAUACAAAAUAAAGAUGCUGAUUGUAGUAUCUUUGCAACAGUAAUUGACAAAAAGGAAAAAGCUAUUUUUAAUUGUCAAGUCAUUUGGCCACAAAGUGAAGACCCAAGUCUUGUAAUCCAUUGUAUUCAAAAAAAAUUUAAAAAACGUAAAUAUAAAUUGAGAAUUAAUUGGAUGAUUAUUGGUUAUGAUUUAAAUUUUGAACUUAAUCAUUCAGAAUUUAAUAUUCAAUUAAAAGUUCAAAAUGAAUAUUUUAAAGCAACAGGUCAUCAAACCAUAAUUAAAUCAUUAGAUUUGGAUGAUGAUUCAUCAGUUCUUUGUUUUGGAAUCCCUGUACUAAGCAAAUUGAAUUCUUCAAAUAAUUCUCUUGUCAUUAAUCAUCAUUUUUUUAAUGAUCAAAAAAAUGGAAAAAUUGGAUUGUAUGCAUUUUCUUAUUGUUUAGAAAAAAAUCAUUAUGUCAAUUUACCUGAUUUUACUUUUAGUAUUCUCAUUAUUUCAUCUUACCCCAAUUCUGAUGAUUAUGGAAUAUUACCCAUUAAAAAUAAUAAUAAGAUAAGAAAUCUUAUUAAUUCUAUUAAAUUUAAUCCACUAAAACGGCAGAGACCAAAAUUUAUAAGUUUAUAUUCUAUGGGAGAAAAUUGUGGCCCUAAAUUUCUAAAACAAAAAAUUAAUCAGAUUAAAAUAAAAUCUCUUGAUAUAAAUUGUAAUCAAAAAGGUUGUAUUUGUAAAAGUAGAAAAAAGGAUUCAGAAAUUAAUUUGAAAUUUGCAUUCUUAAAUCCAAUUGAGAUUAAGACUGCGAAAAGAGAAUCACCUUGGCUAUUAAAAAAUUAA